GGCUGAUCAGAUUUCUGGGGCAGUGUAGUGGAGGUUCCAAACCCCCUGAAGAUGUAUGGCCUGUAUUUGGAAGCAGUGAAUGACUACAUUAAUGAAUCAUAUGGAGAGGACGUGUGGAGGCUAAUCGAGGCCAGAGCGGAGAUCCCGCACCUCAAAUUUGUUAGACACCAGAUGUACAAUGAUAAUCUGAUCCUAAGAUUGGCAAAGGCAGCUGGAGAGGUUUUGGGAAAGACUCACGAUGAGCUGAUGUAUGCUUUCGGGGUCUACAUGGUCAAGCGGAUAGGAAACUAUGGCUAUGAGAGGAUCUUAAAGGUACUGGGGCGCAAUGUACGAGAUUUCAUCAAUGAGCUAGAUAACCUGCAUGAGUACUUCCGUUUCUCCUUCCCAAAAGUCCAGCCACCCAGUUUCUGUGUAGAGGAAGAAUGUGAGACGAGUCUUACCCUGCACUACCGUUCAACCAGGAAAGGAUUCACACAGUUUGUCAAAGGGCAGCUCUCUCAGGUGGGCCGACAGUUUUACAACACAGACAUUGAGGUGGAGAUUCUGUCUAAAGAGGAAACAGAGAAAAUGACAUAUGUGGUGUACAAGAUGAAUUUUGACAAUGCUGCGUUUAAGCACCGUAUGCCCCAGCAGAAAACAGCUCCAGGCUAUGAAAAACUGCCCAUGAAGCGAGGAAUCUUUUUUGACAUGUUCCCCUUCAGUGUGAUAUUCCGCAGAGACAUGACCAUGUAUCGGAUCGGAGAUGGUUUGAAAGAGGUGUUUUCUGAUCUGCAGGGCAAAAAGGUCAAUGAGGAGUUUACCCUGGUACGACCCAUGCUGGAAUUCAGCUGGGAUAAUAUCUACACUCACCUCAACAAUGUGUUUGAACUGCUGUCUAAAGCUGUGGUGGAGAGCAAACAGAAGAUCAACAUCCCUAAACUCAGCAAAGAAGAACCAGAGGAAAAAGAGGAGAGUGAAAAACCCAAAAAGGAAGAGAGAGAUAUUAAAGUGAUGGAGGAAAUGAAGGGGACGGAUCAGGAAUACAGCAGCUCUCUGACUAAGUACAACAGCUCUGCUAUUUCUGGAGGAGAGGACAUUGAGCUGCUGGCUUUUCAGACUGUCACCGGCAAGUGCAGUGAAACCAUAUUUGAAGACAUGCGGGAGCCCCCUAAAAAGCCUCUCCACCUCAAGGGCCAGAUGAAGUAUGUCCCUCAGUGGGACUCUCUCAUCUUUCUAGGAACUCCCAUUAUUGAGACAGUGGAGGACAUGAUAAAAAUGGGUGUUUACGUCAAUGAUUUAAACCUGCACGACUCCAGCAGAGAGCUCAUCCUGGCAGGAACACAGCAAUCAGCCGAGCUGCAACUGGCACUUGACCAGGAGCAGCAGAAGUAUGCACAGCUGCAGGAGAUCAUUAAAAAACUGGAUGAGGAGAAGAAGAGAGGAGACUCCCUGCUGUACGCCAUGAUCCCCAAAGCAGUAGCGGACAGACUGCGCAAGGGAAUCACAGCUCUGGAGACAUGUCAGGUGUUCCCAGACGUGACCAUCCUGUUCAGUGAUGUGGUGAAGUUUAAUGAGAUCUGUAUCCACAUCACCCCCAUGCAGGUGGUGGACAUGCUAAAUGAGAUCUACAUCGUUUUUGACACACUCAGCGAGAAGCACAAUGUUUAUAAGGUGGAGACCAUUAGGGAUGCCUACAUGGUUGUGGCAGGUGUGCCCAAUAAGACCACAUUCCAUGCCCACCACAUCUGUGACAUGGCUUUAGACAUGUUGAGCUCUAUUGAUCACCUAAAAGACCCCUCCACCGGGGACAACAUCCAGAUCCGUGUCGGCAUUCACUCUGGAAUGGUGGUCGCAGGUGUGGUGGGUCUGAAGAUGCCCAGGUAUUGCCUGUUUGGAGACACAGUAAACACGGCUUCUCGGAUGGAGUCUAAUGGUGUGGGCAUGCAAAUCCACAUCAGUCAGACCACCAAAGACCAUCUGGAGCAUGAACCAUACAUCAUCGAGGAACGGGGAAAGAUUUUUGUAAAGGGUAAAGGUUAUAUGAAGACAUACUGGCUGAAGGGAAAGAAAGAUCUCUCAUUUAAGACUCCAGCAGAGCUCAGAUACAGCAAUGAGCAGAAAGAUUCAGAAGACAGAAGCUCAAAUGGUUCCACAUGCACCAACAGCAAACACUCCCCAUCAAACACGAACACCCCCAAUGAAGAGCAGGCUGAGGGCAAACCCACUCACACUGACUUGCCCCCUGACACCCUGACAGCACUAGAGGGCGCUACAGACCCAAACACAUUCACCAAUGAGUCCCAGGACAAAGAAAAGGUUAAAAAGACAAAGAAUAACAAAGGAGGGAAGGCAGAGAACACUUCUGUUAAUGCGCAGGAAAGCACUCCCCCUGCUGACAGCCAGGAGAAUGCAGCUCCAGAGCUAAACAACAAAAAACACAGUUUCAGAAGCCAGUACUCAAGAUUACCAGCUAACCUCCCUAUGCGAAGCACAGCCUGCAAUCUGCUGUAAAUAGCCAGGAGAGAUUGAUAAAAUAGUGUUUAUUAUAUCACAUAUAGAUCAGAUCAGUUCUAGAAUGGUCAAGUAACUGAAUUUGAGGCAGAGAGUUCUGGGAUUAAAUCUGGUGAAUAAAUGUGAAUGAACAAUUUGGCUGUGGAAAAUAAAUCAUGUUUUUCAUGCUUCAUACUUCAUUUAGAUGUGCCAUAAAACACAGGUAACCAAAAUAUAACGAAAAUAAAAAAGAGGACAUCCAAAGCCUGGGUAUCUAACAGAAAGUGCAGUCUGGCUGCUGCAGUACUUCCUCGUUAUAAAGUUUGAAUAUCUGUAUUUGAAUGUUUUAUUAAUAUUAACACAUGUGAUAUGUUAAAAUCUAUCUGUGUUAUUAGCAUGUACAGUUACAACAUUCAUGUUAAACGUUAGAGAUAUUCACUAUGAUACAAGUGCUGAAUCCCUGUAUUCAUUCAGUUACUGUGAUAACAAACAGUUUGUUGUACCUCUUAUAUGUUAAAUGUGAUUGUUUACAGCUUACAUUUGACUUUAUUGUUUGAUGAGCGCUGUAAUAUGGCUGUGAAACACAUACUUUGCUCAAGUAAGAGCGAACAUAUCAGAUAAAACCAAGUGACCUAAAUAAAGCAUGUGAACACAUGCACACCCAAAGACAUACACCUACAUUUAGACAGGCCUACACACACACACACACACACACACACACACACACACACACACACACACUAUUCACUAAACUAUUUCUGUCUCUUAAGCCACAAAUAAAAUGUGCUAAUAUUACUUCAAACUCUGCCUAGAGACAAAAAUGGAAGAAGACAAUGAUAUAAUAAGAAAAUGUAACAGAAAUCUGGAAAUGUGAGAUGUUUUACCAGAUUAAGGCAGUCAUGACAUUUACAUUAUCACAAAUAUACCAAAACACAUUAAAUUCAUUAAACUGUAGCUAACUGGACAUUUAUUGCUUUAUCUCUGAAAUACAUUACACACUUGCACACACACACAACAUGUCAGAUAUCAUUCAGCGAUAAAGAGGAAGCCAUCAUGAAACCAAUUAAGCGACACUUCCUUUCUGUUGUCUUGGAGACCAGCUUAACUCUUACUUUGCCAGAACGGUCUUUGCUUUGCAGAAAAACACAAAUGUCAUGUUUUCAAUUUCAGUCUCAUACAAAUGUGUAUUACUUCUACUAUAACUUGAGAAUUCAGCUGAGGUGAUGGAUCUAGGCAAUAUUACAGACUGUAAACAAAACUUUCACAAAUCAAGCCAGAUGCAUCAAUUCCUUUUGUAGUUUAUGCAUUAGAGCUUAAGUCCAGAUGGUUUCCAUUCAGACAGCAGAGAGAUAAGCAGGCUUUUUGAGUAUAGACAUUACUAAUGCACAGACAUUUGCCCUGAGGGUGACUUUCUAUUACACAGGACCAAUUCAUUGUACAGCAGUUUCUAAUGUUAGUGAUUAAACAAUGAAGUUUACAAAAGAAAAGGGCAUAUAAAGUGCUGUUAUCACCCAGCUAUCCAUCAAUGACAGACUACACUUCUCUGUGUUUACAAUCAGUGUUUGCAUAGUGUUUGGAGGUCACAAUAAAAUAAAAUGGAAUAUAUAACAUAAUUGGCUGCCUAAGAGCAUAAUACGUUCAGUUAUCAAAGGAUGUUUGUGUACAAGGAU